GAAUGAUGGUAACAUUUGGAAGUAGAACAAGUGAUUAGAGGGCUUUGAAUGAUACUUGGGGUUUGAGAAGACAUAGAGAUGGAAGAUGGGAUUGGGCCAGAGGUCCUUCUAAAAACUAAAAUGAAAUACCAGUACAAAGAUAUUAACAUGCAACUUUAUUUUUGGGAACCUUGAUGUUUUUAAUAGGAGGUAGAUAUUCUUCCAUUUGAAUUUAUGAUAUUGAAACAUCUGAUUGGUAUAAAUUCUAAUCAAUCCAGAGAUUCAGAC